AGACAGGGUAGAUAUUUCGAGAGAAGGUGAAACAUGAGGUGAAACAACUGUCUGCACUUCGUCAGAAAAGCAAGAACCAUGAUCGCAAAAGAUGACAGAGGCAGGCAGGGCUCCGUCCAAAGUAAACCAUACUCUUUCUAUAUAAAACAAGAGAACGAAAAGAUAAGCGAAAAAAAUCCAAUCUGUGAUGUACAUGGACAUAGGUCAGAUGGCCGGAAGGUUGAGGAAAUUAGGCCUGUCCACCUAAGAACUGGCGUGGUCACCCAAGCCAAAGGCUCAUCAUAUUUUGAGAAGGAUGGAGUCAAAGUAAUAUGUGCAGUUUAUGGCCCAAGGGAGUCUCAGAGAAAAACAGAAUUUAGCACGAAAGGGAGAAUCAUUUGUGAUGUAACUUUUGCACCCUUUUCACAACCAACUCGGCAGCUGAAAGCUGAAGAAUCAAAGACAAAAAGGCUUUCAGAUCUACUGGAAACUUCUUUACUUUGUGCUGUCUGUUUGGAUUCAUUUCCAAAAUCUCAAGUUGAAGUUUUUGUAAAAGUGUUAGAAGGCUCCGGAGAUGUUCUUUCUGGGGCAAUAAUAAGUUCAUCUUUAGCAUUAGCUGAUGCAGGGAUUGAAAUGUAUGAUUUGGUAACUGCAUGUUCAUUAGUUUAUGAUGAAGACUAUAUUGCUUUAGACCCAACAUAUGAGGAAGUCAAUCAGGAUCCUUUAAGAGGAUGUUUGAUGUUAGGAUAUUUGCCUUCGCUUAACAGAAUAUCUUGUAUGAUCCAGAAUGGAACAGCGGCAACUGAAAGAAACAUAGUUUUCAUUAAAAAGUGCAUUGAAGGUUGUAUACGAAUGCAUGCAGUGAUGCAAGAUUGUUUGGUAAAUGGCUCCCUUAAAAAAGAGGAGCAACAACUCUCAUCAAAGGACUUGCAUUGAUACAAUAUUUCAUAAAUGUCGGUGUAAAAUUUUAUAACACAUGCAAACUGCAAAUUUC